AUGAGCGCCUCGGUGAAAAAGAUGAUAGGGCAGAUGAACGCAAUGACUGGACUGGAGCAGUCCCUCUCCUCGCAGUUCACCAUAGCGGCCCAGCAACAGCCCGAGUUGGAUUCUGAGUUCAUGCACAACUCUGCAAUCCAACGCGUCGUCGCUGCCUCCACUGCCAGCUACGUCAGUGCUCUGGAGUUGUUUUGCGACGGUUUGGACACAUUCUGCAAGAAGACGGUACCCGACACCUUGACCACGAUUCGGCAGCUGGAACACGCACGUCUCGUUUACGACACAUACCGUAAUGAGCUUGAGCGCAUGGAGAGUAAAGCGGGCAGAAUAGCGACGCAGCAGGGGAGCACGGGAGGUGAUGUGGCAAAUCCCGUCUCCACCGAUGCCGCCGGUUCAGACACUCCCUCCACGCCCGCGUCCGCGUCCACUCCUCAGCAGGAAAUAAACGUCCAGCAGCUACGACAGAAAUUUGCUACGGGUCGGGAGAAUUAUCUUGCGCUAAGGGCCGACACCGAUAUGAAGAUGAAACUUUUGCAUGAGAAUCGGGCCCGCGUGCUACGGAAGCAUCUGCAGGCACUGCAAGCUGCAACGCUUUCUUACUUUGCCAAUGGCUAUCGGGACUUGGAAUUAACGUUGAAGACUUUAUCUGAGCGCAAUGCUUUAACCAAUUUCUCUCCUCUAAACCAGCCUGCUUCCUCUUUUCUGGAGGUUGAAAGCCCUUCCACAGAUCAGAAACCAGCUUACUUCCCACCGGAAAACGGCGACGCGGAACACCAUCAGCGCGACGUCUUUGACUAA